AUGAAUAACUUCACCCCCAUGACAAUCUGGAGUCUGUUGGGUAUCCCUCCACCCAACCCCUACCCCAAAGGAACCCGAGUCUGGUAUAAUAUGAGUAGCGGUGGCCUCAUGUUUGCAACCGUAGACUCCACCGGCAGGUUGCCAGACGGGACGAUACUCUUGACCAUCAUCGAUGACGACGGCGAGAGGGUUACCUUACCGGAUCUAGCUCGAUACUUCAGAGGCCGGUUGCGGUCUUUACAUAGCCCAAGCGUUCCUCGUCCUGCUCCACCACCAUGGUUGGAGCCGGAGGCCCAAGCAUCUGUUGAAAGGGUAAUUAACAUGCUUGAAGAAGCAUUCAAAUCUUCAUAUACAACUACUUGGGACGUCCGGGACUAUGCUGCAGACUUGUCACCGAGACAGAGUGGAAGCAAUGAGGAGUUGGAGAAGAAACUCUUGGCACGAUUCCCACCGAUCUACGAAACAGCCGGGUCCGAUAUCCCCUACCUCGAUCAACCGUGCCAUAUAACCGACUGGCAGGGUCACAUUUUACUUUGGUACUUUCCUGAAAUGUUCUCAGAACAGCUUCGGGUUCUUUGA